GGCUCUGGCGGUCUUCCCCCAGCAAAGAAUUCUCACUGAGAGUGUAAUAAAGAAGUGUUGUAAAUUGCGGGAUAAAUUGUGAAAGAGUAAAUAUGGAUAUCUUUAGCUCUGACUUUCAAGAAAAUAAGAAGAGCGGUGGCCCAGGUUUUGUUGGUAUUAAAUUUUGUCAGGAAUGUAAUAAUAUGUUGUAUCCAAAAGAAGAUAAAGAACACAGAAUUCUUCUCUACGCAUGUAGGAAUUGCGACUACCAACAGGAAUCAGAUAACUCUUGUGUCUAUGUUAACAAGAUAACACAUGAAAUUGAUGAAUUAACACAAAUUGUAGCAGAGGUGAAAGAUGACCCAACAUUGCCAAGGACAGAAGACCAUCCUUGUCCACAAUGUGGUCACAGACAGGCAGUGUUCUUUCAGUCUCAAACAACUAGAGGAGAGGAAGGAAUGCGUCUUUAUUACGUUUGUACUGCACCCGACUGUAAACAUAGAUGGACAGAAUGACAGGAUAUAAAAGUUGGCAUUGAAUAUUUCUUGCUGAACACAAUGUUGUUGAGCCGGGCAUCCACUGUGUCAUACAAGGGUCAUAUGACUGUCGUACAACGAAUCAAAACUCCGCUCCCUGUAAGCGCUAGAUGGCCUGAUGCUAUCUGUUGAUUGUCGGUGACAGUCUGAGCUCGUCGUCAUUAAAAAUGAUCCGUUAAAAAAACAGCAGCAUAAAUGACUGAAUAUCGACAAAUUCUGUAGGCUUAAUUGAAUGAUAACUGUAGGAAGAUUGCUGGGUAUACAACUUAAAACAUACACAUUGAAUUGUAUAGUAAGGGAUUUUCUAGUCAUCGUUUGAUAGAGAAAUGUCCUCAAAUGAAAUUUCGAAAACAAUUGAUUGAAAAGUUGUUGAAGUAUAAUGCGUGCAAUCCAAUAUUUUUAUAGCACCAAAAUCUAGUUCCCUGUACUCCAAAAUUCCACUAUUGAAAAGCACAAUUAAAGAUGUGUUUUUAGUUCAGUUUUAGGUUUAUGCAAUGUUUCAGCUGAUCGACUGUUAAGAGGCAGAUUGUUCCAUAGGUUUGGUGCAGAUGAAAUGAAAUUUCAGUCACCGUGAGAAGAAUGUGUCCUUGGAAUAUUUAAUAAAUGCUUGUUUGAUGACUGUAGAUUGCGGCGAGGGUUAUAAGCAAAUUAGCAUGUGAUAUGUAAAUUGGCGUUCAAUUCAAUUAACUAAAUUACAGUACAAUAAAAUAUCAAAUUUAUGGUAGUUUUUGUAAAUAUAAACUAAUUUUAGCUCCAAAGUUUUACAUAGAUAUUGUGAGAAAAAAUAAAACCCACAUCUAAAGAAAAAUGAUGAUUCACUGUCAUUUAUAGGCUUAUACUUCUGUUGGCAUUGCAGUCGUGACCCCACUUGGUUACUAUUAGAGUAGUAGGUUGACCUUUUAGGGUAGGUUGCUAUUAGGGCAUGGAUCAGUAAUAGAGUACUGGGUUUCUAUGAGAAGCUUUACGAUACAUAAAAUCAUGUCAAUCA